CAAAAACAAAAAGUUGAAAGAAUGAACUCCCCUAUAUCCUAAAUGCAGAUUCACCAAUUAUUAAUAUUUACACAUUUGCCUUAUCAUUUUCAUAUAUGUGAUAUGUGUGUUGAACCAUUGAAUGUAAGUUAGACUUUGAGUGUUGAACCAUAAACAUUCCAGCAUUUAUCUCCUAGGAACCAUGACCACCUUCUACAUAAUGACCGUACAACUAUUACUCAAGAAAUUUAACCUCAGGACAAUAGUAUUGAACAUAUAGUCCAUAUUCAGGUUUCUUCAAUUGUUUAAAUAUAUAUUUUUAAGAUUUUUAAGUAAUAUCUACACCCAGUGUGGGGCUCAAACUCACAACCCCAAGAUUAAGAGUCAUGUGAUUCACCAAAUGAAGCAGCCAGCAAAAAAUUUGUAGCUUAAAAGAAUACUCCAGGACUUACCAGGCAUUGCAUUCAGUGGAAUUUUGAAUCUCAUUCAAUAUGGAAGAUUUUUUUAGCUUUGUCCUCCAUAACAUUGAUGUUUUUGGAACAUACAGUCUAGUCUUUUUUUGAAUGUCCCUCAGUUCUGAUUUGUUUGUUUCCUUCUUGUAAAUUUAGGUUCUGUUUCUAGCAGGAAUACUACGUAUGUGAUGUGUCCUUAUCCAUGCAUUGCAUCAAGAAGCAUAUGUCCAUCUACCCCAUCGUUGAUGAUACCAACUUUCAUCACUUGGUUAAGGCGGUAUUUGCUAGGUUUCUUUGCUGUCAAGUUACGGUUUUCCCUUUUUUAAUUGUUAAGAAAUUUAUGGGGAAAUAGAUGCUUAGAAACUAUGUGUACUAUAAAUAUCCUAUUCCUCUCUAAUUUUCACUCAGUAGUUCUAGCAUCCUUUGGUGAUUCUUGCAUGUAUCAAUUUUUAUUAUAGUUAUAAAUAUUACUUUUCUAAAUUAUUCCUUCUAUGCUUAUCAGUUGACUGGGAUGUAGCUUUGGAGAUUGGUUCAAUGCAAAGGCAGGGUGUCAAAAUGAAGAAGACCAUGGGGAGAUCAUGAGUUAUGCAAUCUAGGCUGGCUAGGGAAGAAACUGAAACCAGAGGAGGUACGCAUGCAUGUUGGGUGUGUGUGUGUGUGUGUGUGUGUGUGUGUGUGUGUGUGUGUGUGUUUCACUGCAGAAUAAAUAUCCUGGGAGCAGAGAGUGAGAGACCUGAAAAGGUCGGAAGUUGCAGUCAGAAGUUGGGAUGCUGGAGUUUGAAAUUUUUAGGAUGGAGCUGUUCCAGGCUGUUGAAGGUCUAGGAGGUUGUCAUGGAUUCAGAAGAUAGUUUGAAUAGAGAGAAGGUCUUUUCAUUAGGAGGAAGUGAAGGAAUUCUAAGACCAAGGUAUUGCAUAAAUCACCCAUGUAGAUGUUGAAUUGGCACAGGAAGAUGGGGCAAUUGGAGAAAUUAUAUGAGCCAACUGCCAAAGUCCUCCAUUGUUCAAGGUCUAUAGUGGAUCAGUCCUUAGAUGAUUGUAAUAGCGGUGGGGAAAUUGUGGAGGAGCCAGAUGUCCUGGGCCCAAAAGGAGAUGUCUUAUUAUGUGAAUAAAGGAGCAAUGAUUUAGCAGUAGGGAUGGGGGUAAGAAUCAUCCUGUCUUUUUAAGCUCUCCUAGUGUGGUGUGGCCACUGGGAAUUGCCAACCAUGUCCUUGGGUGUAGGGUAUCUUUGAGGAGAGCCAGGCAUUUUAGUAAAAGUGAAGAGCUGGAGAGAGCUUUGAGGAGAAGGAGGGAGAUGCACAGCCUUGCUAUUGUGGAGAGGAUCAGAGGGCACAAGGGAAAGGGCAGUAGGAUAGGUAGCCAUAGGAAUAGAGAGAAAGAGGAGACAGGGAAGCUCAGGGUAAUCUGAGAUGAGAUUACCUUGCAGGAUAAUUGAGGAUUGGAGGCCAAAGGACAAAAAGAAAACAAGAGAUGAGAGUUUGAGCUGAGGUCAGGAUUGUGCCUGGACCUCUAGGGCAUGUGUCAGCCCUUUUUCUGUAAAGGACUGGCAAGCAAAUAUUUUCAGCUCUGUGGGCCAUACAUACAAGAUGGCUGCUGUUAUAGCAUGAAAGCAGCCAUAGAUGAUAUGUGUUCCAAUAGAUGAAUGAGAGCGGCUGUGUUCCAAUAAAACUUUAUUUAUGGCUACUGAAAUUUAAUUUCGUAUAAUAUUCAUAUCACCAGAUAUUUUUGUUUUGAUUUUUUUUUUCCGAAACAUCUAAAAAAUGUAGAACUUUUAGCCUGCAGGCUGUAUGGUAGGAGACCUAGGGACUACACUUGGCCCGCAGGCCAUAGUUCACUAAUCCCUUCUCUAGGGUAAAGGUAUAGGAAUUUGUGUUAAAGCAGAGACUUAAGAGUCACUAGGGACAUUUUGGGAGGGGAAGUAAAAUAUAUCUUCUGAUAAUCACGAGUAACUGUUGGUAAAGUCCGUGGACUAACAGGGCAGGCAGGCUAUCAGACUGCUAAUACCAAAAAGAAAGAGAAAAUUUAAGAUGAACAAUAAAAAAAUAUGAUGAAGCAGUUACGCAGUUAGUGCAAUUAGUGCUCGUUGUUUUAAUUUUUUUAAUGCUUUCAAAAAUUUUGAAUAAAAAGUAUACGACAGAUUUAAAACCAAAUAGUAUCUGGUGCCUUAGUUCAGUUUCUAGAUAUUCAGUAAUUCUUCUGUUUUAAUCCUCUGACCUUAUGGGUCUCAACAUCUCUCUCCAUUUAGUUCAUCCAGAUAAUAACUCUGGUUUCCUCUGGGGUGGUGGAAGUGUGGUUGCCAGACUACCCAGGGUGUGAGAACGGAUCUGGUCACCUAAUUGCCCUGUGUGCAAAAUAAAGGCUUUCAACCAACGCUUUCCUGACAACGCCACACUCGACUUCUUGCACACUGGUCCCCCUGAGUAUCCAGCCCCUCAGUAGGUACUUCUCCACUCUUAAGUUACUUACCACUCCUGCAUUUGAUUUUCGUCCUUUAAAAUCUGGUGAACUCUUUCAACUGUGGCUCAUGUCUCUCUUCUGAUGUCCCUGUUUUGGCGGAGCUCUGGGAGGGAGAAGAGAAAUAGGUAUGGUCAGCCUGCCAUACAUCCGCUUUUACUUUGAAUAAGUGGCUGGUACUCCUAAGUAAUGAAAAGCCUCUACCACCUUCCCUUUGUCUUGUACCUUUUUGCCUAUUGUUGUUGAAUUUUGUGAGGAAAUUUUAAUUAUAGUAGAAAAAUAUAUAUCAAUAUUUGGCGUUUGUACACUACUUUUACUUUUCACUCCAAAGGUCAGCAUUUGGUCAUUGUCAACUUGGUUUUUUUAUGCUACAUGAAACAGGAGUGAAAAUUGAUGCCACUGAAUCUAUUUUCAAUCACUUCUGACUGGUUCUGGUUGUUUAUUAAUAAAAGGUGAAUGUUUUUUUCCCCCCAUCUUUUUGCUAUUUUCUUCAUUUCAAGCUACUUAAAAAUUUUCCUACUUAAAAAUUGGAAGGGCGCCUGGGUGGCUCAGUUGGCUAAGCGUCUGACUCUUGAUUUCAGCUCAGGCCAUGAUCUCAGGAUUGUUGAGAUGGAGCCCCGUGUCGGGCUCCGCAUUGGGCACAGAGCCUGCUUAAGAUUCUCUCUCUCUGCCCUUCCCCUACUCUCUCUCGCAUGCAUGCACGGUCUCGCUCUUUAAAAAAAAAAAAAAUUCUUCUCCAUACUUCAUAUAAUUUGAAUUACAUCCAUACAUAUUACUAUAAAAACAAAAAACACAGCUGCUUAAAUCAGUGGAUCAUCCUCACUUCGUCAGGAGCCACAAGCAGCCAUGUUCUCUUGUCUCACAUACCAUCCUGAUCCUUGGUACAUGGUGAAGCAACAUGAUUAUUUUGUUACACUUUCCAAUAUGCAUAUAACAGGAGAACUUUACCACAUAACGUAAAAAAAAUGUCAGUAGAGGAACUACAUAUACCAAACAUUGCCUUGUCAGUUUAUUAUGUUCACCACAUGUCACUCUGUUCAAGAUAGAAAUGGACAUUAAUCAGUUUUGCUUUGGGAAAAAUAAUGUUCUCAUGGGAGUCCUGUUUGAGGAAGUGAUACCUGGAUAGAGAAGUCGUUGCAAAUAGUGACAAGUGUAAGGAAGGGGAGAGAGCCCUAUGAGCCAAGAAUUACAGUCUCUAAAAAAAGAAGGGACUUGGAGAUUGAGGAAGGCCAGCAGAAGGCCAGUGAGCAAGGUAAUUUGGCCAGAAGCCAAGGGCCUCAAAAGAACUAAAUGUUUAUUUAGGUUUUAAGGUGUUACUUAUAUUUUGGUUAAAGAAAAUUAAAUCUGAACACUUAUUGAAUAUUUGUUGAGUUGAAUUCACUAAAAGAUUUUUUCAAGUUGCCUGGUUCAAAUCUGUUAAGCAGAAUGCUGCUUGUAUUGUGAAAGAACAUUGGAUUAGGCGUCCGAGGAAAGACGUGGAUUUGCGUUUCAUCUCUGCCAUUUAAACCCACACAGGUGAGAAAAUGAAGUGAUAAUGAAUAAGGGGGUGUUCAUGAAAAAGUUAACAAAAAAGCAGAAGGUAAAUACUAAUUCCAACUACAGUAGAUGAGGAUAAAAACAGUCUUAUAAUUUCUUUCUCCCCAUUCCAUGCAGGUAAGAAUAGAAGAGGAACUUCACUGAGAUUUAAUUUACAUAUAACAAAAUGUACUCAUUGGAAGCGUAGUAUUUGGCAAAGUCUGACAAAUAUAUAGAUCCAUGUAGUUAUCUCAUUGAUCAAGAUCUAGGACGUUUCCAUUACCCCACAGAGUUCCCUCAUGCCUCAUCUCCAUCCACCCUAGGAAAACACUGAUCUGGUUUUUAUUCCUAUAGAUUAGAUUCUCCCCCACUAAAAUUUCCUAUAAAUGAAAUUAUAUAGCAGGUCUUCUCUUAUGUGUGGCUUCUUUUACUCAGCAUAAUGUUUUUUAGAUUCAUCUAUGAGAUGAUCAUCUGCUCAUUUUUUUUUUUUAUUAAAAAUUUUUUUUUUUACAUUUAUUUUUGGGAGACAGCACAAGUGGGGGGAGGGGCAGAGAUAGAAGGAGACAGAAUCCAAAGCAGGCUCCAGGCUCUGAGCUGUCAGCACAGAGCCCGAUGAGGGCUCGAACUCACAAACUGUGAGCUCAUGACCUGAGCCGAAGUCGGACGCUUAACCUACUGAGCCACCCAGGUGCCCUGUUUGCUCAUUUUCUUACCAUUUGUUUCCAGAUUGGGGCUAAUGUGAAUAUUUGUGUAGAAGUCUUUGUGUAGGUAAGUUAUUAUUUCUCUUUGAUAAAUACCUGGGAGUGGGAUUACUGGGUAUAUAGUAUAAGUAUGUGUUUACCAUUAUAAGAAACUUUCAGUUUUUCAGAAAGGUUGUACUAUUUUAUAUUCCCACCAUCAGUGUAUGAGAAUUCUAGAUUUCCCACGUUGUUUAGAACACUUGGUAUUGUCAGUCUUUGAAUUUUCAACCAUUCCAGUGGGUAUACAGUGGUAUUUCACUGUGAUUUUAAUUUCUAAUGGUCAUUGGGGAAGUGACAUCAAGUGUCACUUAUGCACUUAUUGGUCAUUCAGAUAUCUUCUUUGAUGAAGUAUCUUUUUAAGUCUUUGACCAUUUCUAUUGCAUUUAUUGUAUUAGUGAGUUGUAUGCAUUCUUUAAAUAUUCUGAUAUAAGUCCUAUGUCAGAUCUAUGUAUUGUGAAUAUUUUUUUUUUCUCAGUAUGUGGCGUGGCUUCUUAAUUCCUUUUGAAGAACAGGAGGUUUUAUUUCUGAUAAAGUCCGGUUACCAAUUUAUUCUUCCAUGGUUGUUGCUUUUUAUAUCCAACCCAAGCAGUCUUUGCUAUUCCUAGAUUUUUCUUCUAGAACAGUCCUGUCAAACAAAACCAUUAUGAGUCACAUAUAUAACUUUAAGAUUUAAGUAGCAACAUUAAAAAAAAAAGCUGAAGUUAAUUUCAAUUAUAUAUUCUAUUUAAACCAAUAUGUCCAAAAUAUUAUUUCAACAGGUAAUCAAUAUAAAAAUUACUGAGAUAUUUUAUAUUCUUAUCAUAAGUCUUCAAAAGCUAGACUGCAGUUUAUACUUAUAGCACAUUUCAGUUUGGACUAGCCACAUUUUAAGUGCUAAAUAGCAUGGCUAGUGACUACCUUAUUGCACAGGACAGUUCUAAAAGUUUUAUUGUCUUUCUUUUUUAUUUAGGUCUGUGAUCUAAUUUGAUUUUAUUUUUGUAUAUGAUGUGAAGUAUAAAUAUAAGCUGGGUUUUUUUCUCCAUACAAACCAGUUUUCACACCAUUUACCUUUUUCCAGUAGAAAGAAUUAUGUUGUACCUUUGUCCACAAUCAAUAGAUCAUAUUGUGCGGCUCUAUAUCAGGACUCCAUAUACUGUUCCAUUUAUCCUUAUGCCAAUACCAUCCUGACUUGAUUAUUGUAGCUUUAUAGGCCUUAAAAUCAAGUAGUGUAAUUCUCCCAACUUUUAACCUCUUUUUCUGUUUUGCUAUCCUAGGUUCUUUUCAUUUCCAUAUGAAGUUUAGAAUCAGCUAGUCAAUUUCCACAGCAGAGCCAAUUGGGAUUUUGCCCAUUAUAGAAGGUUGAAAGGUGUCCCCUUCCCCCCCCCCCCCCCCCCGUGGGAUAUGCCUAUGUCCUAAUCCCCCAAACUGAGAAUGUUACGUCAUUUGGAAAAAAAGGGGUUUUGUAGAUGUAGUUAAUGAUCUUGAGAUGAGGUCAUCCCAAGUAAUUCAGGUGUGUUCUAAAUCCAAUGGCAAGUGUCUGGUAAGCUAGACCUACAGAAGAGAAAACACACAACACACAGAAGGAUAAGACGAUGUGAAAACGGAGGCAGAGGUGGGAGGCCAGAUGCCAAGGGUGAUGUGGCCAGAAGCCAAGGAAGCCAAGGAAACCAGAGAAGGAAGGAAACAGCCUCCAAAAGCUGGAAGAGGCAAGGAAGGAUUCUACUCUAGAGCCACUAGAGGGAGUGAAGCCCCACUGACACGGUGAUUUUGUACUUCUGGCCUCCAGGACUGAGAGAGAAUAAAUUUCUUGUUUUAGCCACAAACUUGUGGUAAUUUAUUGCAGCAGCUAUAGGAAACAAAUACGUCCAUUAUCAACUUGAAGAAGUUUCUUUUCUUUCCUGUUGUUUUUUUUUUUUUUUUUCAAGAAUGGGUGUUGGAUUUUGUCAAAGGUGUUUUCUGCAUCAAUUGAAAAUAUUUUUUCCUGCUAUUUUUAAGGUUGUCAUAUCUAUGUAAACACUCUGCUCACAUGGUAUUGAUUUUAGCCCAAUCAUAGCUGUUACCCCUGGUAACAUCUGUUCCUGAAAGUGCUGGGUCCUAACAUGCUGUAUCAAAUUGUAAAUAUGUCAGCAUGAAUCUUCUUGCUUUAUACUUGCUAAAGACAUUUUAAGAAGUCAUUGAAGAGAGUCUGAAGAAUAAGCCUGUAUCUCAAAAUGCUUACAAAAAUAAAACAGAUCAUGGAAUUUAUGCUGAGUGCUUCUCUAUAACUGGGACCACACUCGUAACCCAUGGGUCCAGUUUGGCCUUGAGAGGUACUUCAUUUGGCCUCCACACCAUUUCCAAAAUUAGGAAAUUUUAUAUUUAAAGGCCAGAUACCGAGCUUGUCCUGAAUUAUAGAGAUUUGGCAAUAGUGCCCUGAAUUCCAACAUGGUGGCAAUUGGCUUGAGCUGUACAGCAUCUGCCCCUUGCACAAAGAAUGUUCUUUUCACUUUACUACAAUCUCAUUCCUCAUUGUUUUAAACUUCAUAGAGAUUGGAGUUUGCAAUCUCUGCUCCAGAACCUUUGUUGGGGCACACUGUCAUCCAAAGGCACGGGUCAUUGAGGGAAGGCUUAGGGAAAAGGAGGGUAUUACAGUUACCAAGUCAACAUAUAGAUGUUUGAAGAACUUUGUGGAGAUAACUUAAAAAGGAUUUUCAUACAAUUCAUUACCAAUAAGGGAGUCUGGUUAACUGACUUAUGGAUAAAUACGGCACAAAGAAAACACUAAAAAAAUCAAAAUUAAAACCCUAAACCACACAAAGUAAAACAGCUCACCUGCAACCAAAGAAAGAAGUACCUUAUAAUGUAACAUAAUGUAUAAUGUAAAAUGUGAGAAGUGAUGGGAAAGCAAAGAAACCAGAGAUUCCACUAAAUGUGAUAUAUGUCUACAACCUUCCACCCCUCUCCCCACAAGACAUACUGAGGAAAAAGAUGAUCAGACCAAAUUUUGAGAAUCUUCACAAAUGUCCUCCAAUUGGGAAAGAAGUCGGUGGCAUCCCCGUAAAACGUCUAGGAAUCUUUAUGAGCCACUGUUGGAUUUUUGCUGGAAGCAGGAAAGUUCGCCACCUUCUGGGGUACUAUGUUAAAAUGGGCAAACGAACUGAAGUUCACAGGCAUGGGCUACUCCUUGCCUGGCUUGAAGGAGGGCUGGUGAGGAUUUAAGGAAUUUCAGAAGUGAUGGCUGACUUCUCCCAGCAAGCUCUAUGCUCCAUUUCAAGCUGAGUUCUUCAAUCCCCCAUUGCCCCUCCUCUCAUCCUUAAACCCUCGAGUGGCAGAAAGGGGGGUAGAUAGCAACCACACUCAACCCUAAAACUGAAGCUCAGGUUAGAGAAGACCAACACAUCUCAGGCGAAGAGAAAAGUGCACCAGGAAUUCACUCCCAGCAUAUGAGUGCAAAUACACGGUCUGGUAUCAACUUUUAAGGAUAAAUAAGAUAAGAGAUAAUGACAUAGCUAUUAUGCAAACAUGCUAUAACAUGGGAGUGGGAAGAAAGGAAAAUAGCCUGUAAAAGACAAGAAACUAUGGCUGGAAGAAAACAUAACUCAUGAGCAGAAAUUUGUAUUCUUUAUAUGUGUUUCACACUACAGGAAAAAAAAAGAAUACAGGAAGAACAGCUAAGGAGAGUAUAAGAUGAGAAUGUGAUGAAAAGGGAAAUUGCAUAGCUAAGAAAAUUAAGGUUUAAAACCAUGAUUUUAAAAUCCAGUAAACUAGAAAAAUAAGUGAACAGAAUAUUUUGAGAGAAUUGGAGUACGUGCAAAUCACAAGAAGAUGGAUGCGGAAGGACAAAAAUCAAGUAUAAGAACAACUGGUGACUCUGUAGUAAAAAAUCCAACUGAUGAAAGAUAAACUUACUCAGAUGUAUAAUAUGAAUGGGAUGCUAUACUAAGAAAAGGAGAAUGGAAUCCAUAAACUGAAAGAUCACACUAUAUACUGGGAGGGGAAUGCUGAUAGAGAAUAAUUGCCACUGAGACAUAGCCCAGAUAGGGAUCUGGUUUUAAUGAUUAAAAAAAAAAAGAAAAAUACUCUUCAGGCAUUCAAGUAGAAAAAUCAGAUUACCUCCCAGGGAGAAAAUCACAAGGAUUCAGAUCUCUCCACAAAAAUCUGAUGUCAAAAAUCAAAGAAGCGAUUGCCAUUUUGUUCUGUUAGGUUUGAAGAAAGGUGUGAAUCCAAAAUAUUUACCCUGCUCAGUUUUUAUGUGUAGAGCUAAAAAGCAGAUAAAACCUUAAGGUAUUCUAUAAACCUUCCUUAAGAAAACUACUUGGAAAAGAGGGCAGGCCAUUAAGAAAUAAAAAUAGAGAAUUUAGGAAUGCAUACAUUAUGAUGAAUAUUGAAUUCGUUCAAAUACAGAAUUAAGACUGAACAUCUGGGAGAAUAAGGUGGGCAAAUAAGAACUUGUGAAUGUUCUAAGAGCCAGUAAGCCAAGAGUAAUGCAAGCAGUGGAAACUGGAAGAUUGCGAUGAAGGUGGGUAGAAUUGUACGAUGCGCUUAACCUCUAUUUCAAAGCUAGGAGACUGUCUGAAAUCUGCAGUGAACUCUUCGUGCCUUUCAUUUUGCUUCACGUUUAUAGGCCUCUUUUAGGAAUGUAUAUCGUGUAGCAAAGAAAGCAACUGCUGGAGAUUUGCUUCCGUUUCUUUUUCUUAAAUUCAAAUAGCACUGAAUAUUUUUGAAUUACUUAAAGCGUACAUAGUAGGAUUCCAGAACCAUACAAUCAUUUCCGUCUAAUCUUUCUGUGCCUUAGUAUCCUCAAGUGAAAGACGGGAGUAGAAGUGCUUCUCCCAGGGUAGUCACGAGGACUACUUUAUUUACCUGCGAAGCGCUUAGAACCGUGCCUGGCUCACAAUUAGUGGUCACAGUUAGGCUGCCAUUAUUUCAACACUGCACGGAUAGGAGGUAAGUGAAUCCGGCUUAUUGCAGCGUUCUCCUAGCAUCUGUCGUGUUUCUCGUUUAUGAUUUGGCUCGGGGCGGCUCAUCCUGGUGGUGACUUGAGGGAACAGUCUUCGAUACCGUACGGGGCUUCGGGCUGCUUCGGGUCUACCUGCGCCAGCUCUGCACCUGGGCGACCUUGGCUUAGCCCACACGGAUGACUCAAUCGGCCAGGCGUCUGGGCGUCUGUCCUCUUCCUCCGCCCAGGCCGCCGACCCCCUGGCUCCCCAGCGGGGCCUCCUCCUGCCACGUGACGCCCCCGCCAGGGGCCCCAGCGCCCUCCUCGCGGACGCGCCGUUCCGGCUCCCGGGCUCCGCCUGUGCGCGGCCUCCUCGGCGCAGCCAUCCUCGCGGCUGCCGAGGGCGGCAAAGCCCACGGCAUCUGCCAUUUGUCAUUCAGCCCGUCGGUACCGCCCCGAGCCUUGAUUUAGACACGUCUGGGGCGUAUUCUGGCCUCACUCUCCUGGCGGACGGACGGACGAACGGACGGGGCGGCUCUCCUCCCAGCCCGGCGGACCGCGGGCCUUGGCGCGCGGGGUGCUUCCCCGGGUCGCCGUCAUGGCCGCGGAGGCGGCGCGCCCGAGCUGCCUCGCCUGAGUUCCGGGGGGCUCUUGACCCCGCAGGGUUUCUGCCUCGUUGAUAAGUCAUCAUUGGCUUUGCUUGCUCUCACGUCUGAUGUGGCCUCUGUUUCAUGUCACAUCUAAAACUUCUCUGUACCUCAGACUUAAAAAGGUAUUUGCAUAGGAAUCAGAGGAGUUAAUCUUGUUUGAGUCGUCAGACAAACUUCCGAGGGGACUCCAUGACCACCUGGAAGCUGGUGUUUCCUGUCACCGAGUAGACAGUCUGGCGAUCCAGAACAUGCCCCAGCUCUGGUGAUGCUCCUGGAACCUCAUCUGUGCCUCCGACAUUCUCCCAGCCUGAGACUGCAUCUAUAAAUUGGGAUGUGGGAAAGCAGGAAGCAAAGCUCAUGGUAACUGAGAGGCCCAUGUCUGGGUAGAACCAGGCCCAGGACCACGACGCUGCCUCUCCCCUGGUCUGGAGUUCAGGCUGCCGUGGCUCUGCUCAUGUGCUCAGCACCAUCCUUCCAUUUGUGCUUAAAUGGCACAGCAUUUGGUCAGCGCAUCUGAAAAGGAAGGUGUGAGAAGUAAAGCCCAUGGCCACCUAUCCCUGCCAAUUAUGUGGCAAGACGUUCCUCACCCUGGAGAAGUUCACUAUCCACAAUUAUUCCCACUCCAGGGAGCGACCUUACAAGUGCUUGCAGCCAGACUGUGGCAAAGCCUUCAUUUCCAGAUAUAAAUUAAUGAGGCACAUGGCUACCCAUUCGCCCCAGAAAUCUCACCAGUGUGCUCACUGUGAGAAGACGUUCAACCGGAAAGACCACCUAAAAAACCACCUCCAAACGCAUGACCCCAACAAAAUGGCCUUUGGGUGUGAGGAGUGUGGGAAGAAGUACAACACCAUGCUGGGCUACAAGAGGCACCUGGCCCUCCACGCGGCCAGCAGUGGCGACCUCACCUGCGGGGUCUGCGCCCUGGAGCUAGGGAGCACCGAGGUGCUGCUGGACCACCUCAAAGCCCACGCGGAAGAAAAGCCCCCCAGCGGCACCAAGGAGAAGAAGCACCAGUGCGACCACUGUGAGAGAUGCUUCUACACCCGGAAGGACGUGCGGCGCCACCUGGUGGUCCACACAGGCUGCAAGGACUUCCUGUGCCAGUUUUGUGCCCAGAGAUUUGGGCGCAAAGACCACCUCACGCGACAUACCAAGAAGACACACUCGCAGGAGCUGAUGAAAGAGAGUCUGCAGUCUGGAGACCUUCUGAGCACCUUCCACUCCAUCUCUCCCCAGUUUCAGCUGAAGGCCGCCCCGCUGUCUCCCUUCCCUCUGGGGGCUCCCGCGCACGCGCAGAACGGGCUCGCCAGCGGCCUGCCCGCCGAGGUACACGGCCACGCCCACAACCCCUCGGAUCCGGCCUCCCAGCCGGUACAGGCGCUGCCGGAGCCCCUGGCCCCCCUCCACCCCGUAACCUCUCCCAGCUCCCCUCCCGCGCCCCUCCAGAAUCACAAGUACAACACCAGUUCUACCUCAUACUCCCCACUUGCAAGCCUGCCCCUCAAGGCAGAUACUAAAGGAUUUUGCAAUAUCAAUUUGCUUGAGGACUUGCCUCUGCAAGAGCCUCAGUCACCUCACAAGCUCAACCCAGGUUUCGAUCCGGCUAAGGGAAGCGCUGGUAAAGUGAGCCUGCCCAAGGAGCUACCUGCAGAUGCUGUGAACCUAACGAUACCUGCCUCUUUGGACAUUUCCCCCCUGUUGGGCUUCUGGCAGCUGCCCCCUCCUGCUACCCAAAACGCCUUUGGGAAUGGCACUCUCACCCUGGGGCCUGGGGAGUCUCUGCCGCACAGGUUAAGCUGUCUGGGGCAGCAGCAACAAGAUCCCUCACUAGCCAUGAGCACUAUGAGCCUGGGCCAGCUCCCCCUCCCCCCCAUCCCCCAUGUUUUCCCAGCUGGCACCGGCUCUGCUAUCCUGCCUCAUUUCCAUCAUGCAUUCAGAUGACUGGUUUUUAAAGCGUCCUUUUCUUAUUCUGGAAGAUGUGUUUUAAGGAGCAUGUAAGCAUCAGUUAUGCUACAAGGAGAGAUUCGGAAAGCGGGACUGGAAAUGCGGCUAAUUCAGUGAUGACUGGCUUGAGAUAAGAGAGUUCUCGAACUGCAUGUAUCGUGCCAAUUGUCCUGAGUGUUCAUGCUUUGUACCAAAUUUGAUAAGCAAGUAUUCUUUAAUGGAACUGCAAAUAUUGUCAGAACCGACAUCCAAACGAGGGCUGCUAUAUAUAGGUGUUUGUCAAAUUGAAUUUAAUCGUAAGCCAUGAUCAUAAUAAUGUUAACUAAUUUUAUGUGGCACUGCCUAGUAAAGGGAACUAUGGGAAGGUUUGGCUUUCUCCAAAAUGGGAGAAUUUUUAAAAUACAAAAUAACCUUUAUAUUGCAUAUUAUAACUAGGCUGUGUAUUUCUUUUCAGGGAUUUUUCUACCUUCAGGGUUGGAUGUAGUUUAGUUACUAUUGCCAUAGCCAACCUGUAGUUUUACAGAAACAAUUUCUUGUGGAAUAGACGUCUCCAUUUUAAAAAAGCAUUUUAAAUGUAGUUUGAAUAUUUUCCACAAGAUGCUACAAUGUGAGUUAUCACUUCAUGUAUCUUAAAAGACUAAACUGGUUGUCAGUUACAUCUGACAGAAAAAAAAAAAAAAUCACUGUGUAACCAGGUUAAGUGGUAAAAUAAUCCAGGCGUCAGUCAAAAGAAAGCAUUUUGCUGACUUUAAUAUUGAUUAUAUUUUUAACAGGAAUUUAAGAAAAUAUUACUGGAAUUUUAAAAUAUAUAUAUAUAUAUUAAACAAGAAUUUUCUUUGCUCUGUCUGGCUUAAAAUACUACUCUGCUUAAGUAUUAUUUUUAAUCACCAAUAAAUGCAUUUAAAUUCAUCAUUUAAGUCAAUAUUAGUUUUUUUCAAAAGGAUAACAUUUGCAAUGUAACUAUAAUCUAUGUCUUGAAUUUGGUAUCUAAUGAGUUUAAGAAUAUAAAACCUAACCUUUUUUUUUUUUUUUUAAAGCUCCUUUGUCUUUUGUGUUUAGAGGCUUUCUAUAUGAAGAUAUAUCUUACAUAUAAUAAACUACAAAUCCUGCAGA